AUGGCGCAUCAGCACGACGAGCCUGGCGUGCCGAACCAAGCAGCCGUCUUCAUCAAUUCGCAGCUCUGGCGCAGCGUCCACCUCGCCGCGCCGCCUCUUUCGGGCGCGACGCUCAGCCCGCAACAGCUGGCUGCGCUAGCUCCAGCCGCAGGCGGCAACGUGGACGCGCAGUUCCAGAACUACCUCAGCUUUGCGAAUGACGUGUCGAGGGCGUGCGUGGAAGCGACAGAGGCCCUUCGCGAGGACAGGCAAAUUUCGGCUGUCGACCGAACGUGGCUCAGGACCAGGUUGGAGGCGCUCAGCAGGCGGAUUCAAGCGUCGGUGCCGCCGCAUGGACCGGCGAAUCCUGCGCAGGCCGAUGCCGUCCGCGUUGCGGUCGAGAGGAUCGGUCCUACGCUCCGUCACGAUGUCGAAGUCUACCCUACCCGCCCCAAUUUCAGCCGCUCCAUCCACGAGUUCAUCAUCCUCACACUCGAGGGACUUCAUGGGCAGCUCGUGCACCGAAACCUGGACGAAGCCUUUCUCUGGACCGACGUAGUUGGUAUCCUCUAUAUCGACAUCGACAUGCGCGCCUGGUACCGCUUCUGCCGCAACGUUACUUGGAACUCACUCUACUACGACGACAUCGCCCACCACCUCGACGACAUGCGCGACGACCUUCGUCGGAUUCAGAGUCGCAGGCAGGCGUUUCAACGGCAGCUCUCGCUUGCGAAGUCGGAGUUUGUGCCGGUUGGGAGGCGCAGCGGUAUGGCGUUCUAG